AUGGCGCCAGGCGCGAUACUAGAUCCGACUCACGAUGCUCCGAGUCCCCUAUCAACGGCCAAAGAUGACAUUCUUCGAACCGUCCAUCCCCAUUUCCUGAUCGAAGAGCAUCCGGUUGAUGAGCAACAAGCUGUUCGAGCCAUCGUUGUGGGCGCCGGCAUAUCUGGCAUCAUCGCUGCUAUUUUACUUCCCGCAAAGGUUCCAAAUCUGGAUCUUGUAAUCUAUGAGAGAAACAGCGACCUUGGAGGCGUCUGGCAUACCAAUGUCUAUCCAGGUGUUCGAUGCGAUGUGCCUGCCCAUGCCUACCAGGCUACAUUCGCUCCAUCAACGGAGUGGACUGAGGCGUAUGCAGCUGGCGCUGAGAUUCAAUCUUAUUGGCAAGGUGUAGCAGACAAGUAUGACGUGCGCAAGUACAUUCACUUAAAGCAUAGUGUUACGGCUGCAGAAUGGUCCGAGGAAAAGGCCAAAUGGAUUGUCAAGAUACAAACGGACGAUGGUGUGGUCACUGACGAGGCCAAUUUUUUGAUCACUGCCACGGGUCACUUUAGCGACCCGAAACUUCCUCAGUAUCCUGGCAUCGACAAGUUUGAGGGGCAUUUACGACAUACCUCAAAUUGGGACCCAAAGUUUGAUCCAAAGGGGAAACGAAUCGCAGUCAUUGGAAAUGGUGCUUCCGGGCUACAAGUGCUCCCUCAACUACAAAAGGUGGCCGCGAGCAUUGAUCAUUACGCCCGCAACAAGACUUGGGUUGCAGCACCGAUAGGAGGAGAAGAUUUGGCGGAAUUUGUCGCAGAGAACGUUGAAGACGCGCGAUCUGAUCCUGAAAAGUAUCUUAGAUUCCGGAAAGCCCUGGAGGCCAAACUUUUCAGUCGAUUCGGGGGCAUAUUCAAAGACGGUUCUCAGAAUGUCGCAGCUGAAAGCUACAUCAGAGAGCUCAUGAGAGCACGGCUCGGAGCGAACCCCAAGCUUGCUGAUGAAAUCAUUCCAGAAUUCCCAGUAGGCUGCCGUCGAUUGACUCCAGGGCCCGGCUACCUUGAGGCUUUGGCCGCGGAUAAUGUCAACUAUAUUACCGACCAAAUCUCCGAGUUCACUGAAACCGGAAUUCGGACUGUGGAUGGCACUCUUCGUGAAGUUGACGCUGUCAUUUGCAGCACAGGGCAUGAUAUCACAUUCAGCACUCAAUUUCCAGUCGUCUAUAAGGGAACUGACCUACAAAAGGCUUGGAGGCCCGGCGGAAAACCAGGAUUCCCAGACACCUAUCUUGGGAUGCUUGCUCCAGAGGUCCCAAACUUUCUGACCGUUCUUGGGCCCAACGCCACAGGACCGGCAGGGACACUGUGUCAUGCCGUCGAAAAUCAGCUCACAUACGUCGCCAAGGUACUUCGCAAGUUUGCUUCUCAGGGGUUACGAACCAUAGCUCCGACAAAGGCCGCAACUCUUGACUUCCGAGCGUACGUCGAAGCCUUCUUCCCUCGUACUGUUAUGAGCGAGCACUGUAGCUCCUGGUACAAUGGCGGUAUCAAGGGAGGAAGGAUUCAUGGUCUCUGGCCCGGGAGUGCCGCCCAUGUUGACCUGGUUCGGAAAGAUCCAAGAUGGGAGGACUUUGAGUAUACGUAUCAGAACCCCCAGGGGAAUAGAUUUGGGUGGCUAGGAAAUGGUUGGACCAAGAAAGACGUUGCAGCCGCUCAUGGAGAGACUAGCGUUGAUUUAGACCUGACUCCUUGGCUGGAGAAGGACGCUUUCAGUGGCGAUGUCGACCUGAAAAGCUACCAUGAGAGAUGGUGGGUGAGCUAG